AUUUUCUUGGGUGUUUUGUUGUAAGGUCUAGUGUCGUAGAACACGCGUCACAUAUGUUUCACGCAUAAAUGUUGUAAAGAAAUGUGUAGCACUGUAGAUAUGAUAAUCAUGACGCUUAGAAAAUAAAGGCUGGCGUAAUCAUGUGAAUUAAAUUAAUGACUUUUAGUUGAACACGGGGUCCUGUGUAAAGCGUCAUUGCAAAGGUAUGUCGCUAAUGAUAUUUCUUUCAUAAUUUGUAAAGUCAGCUAAAAAAUUGCAAAAUCAUUCGUGCUUUUGGACGAACAUUUAAACUUGCAACAACAACAAAAUGAUAUUAUUUCUUCAAAUCAGUACAAGAGUAAAGAAGGGUUGAUAUCUUCUAGUGGAGAUAAUACGCUUCAACAAGAAGUGAAGUCAAUGCAAUGGCGCAGAAUUUUAAUCUAAGCCAGCAGCAUGCUUUUCACAAAAACUACCAGUUUGAUUCUACACGAUCAGAUUCUCUUAAAGAUUCAAGUUACAUUUAUUCAAACCAAUUUUACGAUAAUGGAGGAUGUCAUAAACAAAGGUAUAAUCAACCAGCACAUCACUCCAUGUUUAGACAAAGGCAGACUCAAAAUUUGUUUUCAAACAGCAGAUACACUGGUGCUACUGAGCAUGGACUGAUACCAGAAUUUACAACCAAUGUAACGUUAAAUGAAAUGACUCCAUCCCCAAAUCCAUUUAAAAACCAAAAAGAACAUUUUACUUUCCCAAAUGGAGUUAGGGAUGUGGAGGAUCAAUACUUUGAUAAAAACAUCACACCUGUUACUUCAUCAUGUGCAUCCACAUAUCUGAGUCCUACUCCUCCCCGUUCAAGAACACCAAGUCCAAUAGUCUCUGAUGGCGACAGUGGCUACUCAUCGAAACAAAUGUCUCCAGUAUCAAUGCAACAACAUAAUCGACCAUUAGAGCUCACACCUCCAACAUCGCCAGAAAUAAGCAGAAUUUCCUCAAACAGAAUUAAGCAGUUUGUGGACAGGAACAAUAACUCCAUCAUGUCUCCUACACACCCAACAUUCAAGUCCUCAAACCAGAGUCCUGCGUUAUCCCCAACAAUGAGUGAUAGUGCUUCUAACAAAAAUGUUUUACUGGAGAAUUACAAACAGCAAGCUUUACUUGUAGAGAAAUAUAAACGACAAUUGGCUUUGUUAGACACAUACAAGAAGCAGGCACUGUUGCAGCGUUUAUAUGAUAGACAGAUGCAAAUUGAAGAAUGCAAAAAGAAUCUUUCUCAAGAUAACAGUAGUGAAGGCUUCUUACAACAUCAGCAUUUGGCUUUUUCAACUCCUUCACCGGAAUUAACAGACAGUGUUCAAAAUGUUCAAAGCACAAUGUCCUAUCCAAAUGGUAAAACUGAAAACAGUGACCAGAUUACUCGUGAAAUGACGAUGAAAGAUAGUGAGAAAGCUUUUACCAAUCAGUUUCGUCAAAUGUCCCUUCAAGAUACAUUACAACGAAGGACGCUUGCUGUGCAGGAAAGUAUUCGGCAGACCUUAGCAGCAACAAAUAGCACCCACAAUACUGAUUUGAACAACAAUGAGAAUUUUAUGAGUUUUGAAUCGCCUGAGCAAACCUUGGCUUCUGAUAUGAAUAUUGUUGAUAUGUUAGCAGACCCAAGAUGGAGUGGUAUGAAACAGUAUUUCACCCAUGGAGAUGAACGUCAUGAUCAUAUGAGAAGAGAGCGGGAUGCUAAUGAACCAACAUAUACCUGGAGUGGUCAUUUACCUCCAAAAAUUUACAAGAAUCCAAUUUACUCAAAUAAAGUGUUUCUUGGUGGAGUACCGUGGGAUAUAACAGAAGCUGGAUUACAACAGGCUUUCAGACCUUUUGGUGCAUUAAAUAUCGAAUGGCCAGGAAAGGAUGGAAAACAUAGUAGACACCCUCCUAAAGGUUAUGUUUACCUUCUGUUUGAAUCUGAGAAAUCCGUGAAAGGUUUACUUGCUAAUUGUACUCAUGAUUUCACCAACGGGGGAGACUGGUAUUACAAAAUAUCCAGUCGAAGAAUGAGAUGCAAAGAGGUUCAAGUUAUUCCAUGGGUGUUGUCUGACAGCAACUUCGUAAGAACUGCAUCUCAGAGACUGGAUUCAAGCCGCACUGUAUUUGUGGGAGGAUUGCAUGGUAUGAUAAAUGCAGAGGCGUUAUGUCAAAUAAUGAAUGAUUUGUUUGAUGGUGUUAUUUAUGCUGGCAUUGAUACCGACAAACACAAGUACCCAAUAGGGUCCGGCCGUGUGACUUUCAACAAUCACCGCAGUUUCAUGAAAGCUGUACAAGCAUCCUUCAUUGAAAUUAGGUCACCAAAGUUCACGAAGAAGGUUCAGAUAGAUCCUUACUUGGAGGAUGCUAUGUGCAGUCAAUGCCAUAUCAAUACAGGGCCGUUCUUUUGUCGGUCCUCAGAAUGUUUCAAAUACUUUUGUCACUCCUGUUGGCAUUGGCAUCAUUCAAUUGAUAACUUAAGAUUGCACCGACCGCUGACCCGUCACAGUAAAAAUUCGGAAUCUUCUUCGAUGUCUUAAAUUUAAACCUGCAUGCUUUUGCAUCAGUUAUAAACAAAAAAAAAUGAAUUUUGAGCGUUUUAAUAUUAUAAAUAAUUCUUAAAAUGUUAGUUACUAGGAUUUAUUUCUUUCUUUCUUGGUCUUAAUGAAAUGUUUCAUGCAUGUAAUUAAAAACAGAUCUGAAGACUUUCAUGCUUAAAUUAUCUUGUUUGCUUGUUUUUAAUUAACAUGUAUUUGGCUUUCAGAUUUUUAUCUUUUUUUUCCUAUAUAUGAAAAUUUUCCCCAUUUACUUUUGCUUUUUAUUUGUCAUAAAUUUCAGAGUGGCGUAUUUUUACAUUCGGAAAUAGGAAUGUAAGAAUUCUAAAAGACUUAAUAUAAAAUAUUGGCUACAUGUCAAUUUUAAACAAAAAGUAUAAAAAAACAUGUACGGAAAUUACGAAAUUCCUGUUAUUAAAUUAUUUUUUAGGUAAAAAACAAUUUUGAAAGAUUAGCUACAAUUCGAAUCAUAUUUUUGAUUAAAAUUUUUUUUGGUUUCAUUCCACUAAUACUUACGAAGCUCUUCGAAAGUAAAACAAUUCCAGUAACCAAAAUAUAUUUAUUAAUUUCUUCAUAUCUAAUAUCAGGCUGAGAAAAAAUAUUGUUCAGCUUUGUGUAUAUUAUUUUUAGUUUAUUUCUUCAGAAGUUUUUACGAGAAUCCAUUUUUUACUUAUUUUUAUUAUAGAGAGAAGUUGAAUAUAUUCCUUUCACUUAUUUAUUUAUUUACUCACUGUUUAGUGUCAGCCAUGUUGGAAGUUCGUGGCUAUAUUUUAUAGUGGUAUAGUUAAGUAAUUAUGUUAAUUUAUGCAUUAUAUAGUUCGUUAUAAUUUUUUGACCAAUGUCUUACUUGUUAUGAGAAAUAAGUAACUAUUUUGUACCAUUAUAUGGGAAGCCAUGAAAAAGUUUUUAUAAUAAGAAAAGUGGAACCCCAAAGUAAAACUUGACAUUUUUGUUCUAUUUGGAGAGGUUGCGCUGUGGAAGUUUCUUUAAGAUUUCUUCCGUGAAAAAAAGCAAACUGCUUGUCUUAUAGAUGUCGGUCCUUAGAGAAAGGGAAACAAACCGGUUGAAAAUUAGCGGGAAACUAAAGUUUUUGCUGAAAAGCUUCAGAAUUUUUUUUCUUUUAAAAACUUAUUUAAUAUUUUUGUCCUGUGAAGAGUAUCAUCUAAAGAAAUAUUUUUGUGCAAUUUUUAGUUUGUUUUUAAGCAUUUUAGUGUAUUAUGUUGAAAGAUUUUUUAUUAACUUAUAUAUACAUGUUAUAAACAUUCGUUCAGCAGUUUUGCAACGCCCCCUGACUAUAUUACAAUUGGAUUAUGAACUAGCACUAGUUAGUAAAUUUUCAGGGGGUUGUUGUAAACAAAUAAGUUGAAUGAUUUUUAAACAUCGUGUUGUGCUUCAAUGUAGGUCAGUUAUAAAAAGUAUUUUUAUGUAGUAUUUUUAAGAGUUUAGAGAUUUUGCCUGUUAAUACGGAAAAGUGAAGACCUUUCUUAAUCGCAAACGGAACACAGACGAUCUAUAUUUCUGUAAAUUCCGCCAGCUCUAAUUUCAAAAAACGCGCGAAAGCUCAAACCUGACAAGGCGAAAAAAUGACGCUAUAUCGCUUACAGAGGCUUAUCUUGUAAUAUGUAGCGGAAGGUCUUGUGAUCAUCUUAUUCUGUGGUAUCUUCGAGUUGCUGACGUAGAAUUUUUUUAAUAAUUUUGUAUAUUAGAAUUUUUAACACAUUUUUUUAGUUUUGAGCAAGGAUAUAUAUUUAGCAUUUUAUUUCGAUGUUAUCUUCCGCCUUUCUUUGUUCUUAAAUUCUCUAAACUUCAAUUAUAAUAGUUGAAAUUCUUUCUUAAAAAUAGUCUCUUUGCCCCUAACUAUUUUGUUUAAAAUGAAAAUUAUUUCACAUUUAAACGCAUCAUAGCCCUUGCGUAACUAAUGCACCAAACCCAUGUCACUUAUAACAUAGUUAUUAGCUUACUGCUGAGCUUCAACGAGUCCUAAACUCUGUUUUACUUCUGCUUCGUGCAAGGAGUCAAAUUUGCGGUACUCUUUCUAGUUUUGUUUUGUUCUUUUUUCUUUGUAAAUAACAACUUUUUAUUUUAAUUUUAAAAAUUGUAAUGCUAUAAUAUUAUGUACACUUUGUUUUAUCCACACCUUAAUGUACUUUUUAAUAUUUUAAAUGCAUGGUCUUACGUGCUAAGAUCUUAUGACGUCUUUUCGUUCCAUUUGUAUAAUGGGUAUGUAUAGUAUAAUUCGAAAAAAUCUUCAUAAAAGA